AUGCCUAAAAUCAGGACACAGAGGACGAAACCACCUCCUGAGGGAUAUGAAGAUAUCCAGGAUGUAUUGGAAGACUAUGAGAAGAAGAUGAGGGAUGCAGAGAAUGAAGAUCAUGAAGGUAAAAGAAAGGUCGAAUCUGUAUGGCCAGUAAUGAGAAUAUCACAUGCUAGAUCAAGGUAUAUAUACGAUUUAUACUACAAAAGAGAAUUGAUAUCUAGGGAAUUAUAUGAUUGGUUGAUCAAACAAGGAUAUGCAGAUGCAAAUUUAAUAGCGAAAUGGAAAAAGCAAGGAUACGAGAAGUUAUGCUGUGUGCGAUGUAUUCAAACUAAAGAUAUGAAUUUCCAAGGUUCAACAUGUAUAUGUCGUGUACCCAAGGCUCAGCUGAAGAAGGGCACAGUAGUGGAAUGUCCUCAUUGUGGUUGUCGAGGAUGUGCUUCUUCAGAUUAA